GCCACAUAUAUCUUGUGAUCCUAUUCUCUCCCUCUCUUCAUCUCUUAUAUAUUAGUGGACAAAAAGAUCAAACAAUACCGUUUCAGUUACCUCUUCUCUAUUUUUUCUUUGUAUGCAUCAUGUUACCACCACCUUAUCACCUUAUGCCUCUAGAUCUUAAUCAAGAUCAAAACCAUAAUCAUCUUUCUUCUUCUUCUUCUUCAUUUUCUUCUCCAUCAUCAUCUUAUCCUAACCCGCCGGAACAAGUUCGACAAGAACCGUCUUAUUACUUCGAAACAAAGCAUGAUCCUGAAGAGGUUGAGAAGACUAUUCCAUCAAGUGGAUCAUGGAAUUCUUCAACUCCAGAAAACCAUGAGAGCGGUAGAAUUAAACACAAGCUUACAAUUCGUUGGAAGAAAGAAGAAACUAGUACCGACGAAACUCGUAAUAUUCGAGCUGAUGAUGAUCAAGAGGAUGGUGCUUCAAUGAAGUGGAUGUCAUCAAAGAUGAGAAUAAUGAAGAAGAUGAUGGUUUCUGAUCCUCAAACCGGUGAUAUUAAGCCGAUUAAGUAUGAAGAUCACCAACAACAAGUUACCGAUAACAGCAGCAACAACAGCAACAAUAAUUACUCGACUCAUCUCAGCUAUAAUAAUAGCCCUACUAUUAGGGUUUGUUCUGAUUGCAACACCACUAAGACCCCUCUCUGGAGGAGUGGACCAAGAGGCCCCAAGUCACUUUGCAACGCGUGUGGGAUUAGACAAAGGAAGGCGAGGCGCGCGAUGGCAUUGGCUGCAGCGUCUGGAAACGGAACAACAAUUGCUGAUCACGAGACAUCUUGUGCGAAGAAGAGAAAAAAGCUGCAGAAAAAGAAGGAGAAUAAGUCCAAAAUUGAGUUUGAAUGUUCAGCGCAUAUGAAAAAGAAACGCAAGAUGGAAGCAACAAAAGCGUCUCAAAUUAGUGGAAACAAGUUCAUCAGUUUCGAGGAUUUGAGAUUAAGCUUGAGCCAGAAUUUGUCUGUUCAACAAGUUUUUCCUCAGGAUGAGAAGGAAGCUGCGAUCCUUCUCAUGGCUUUAUCUUAUGGACUAGUCCAUGGUUGAUUGGAGAGGUUUAUGUUAUGAUUAUGGUUGACUAGGUUUUUGAUAUUGUUAUAUUUAUCUUAAUCAAGAGUUAUUAGGACUAGUUUGAAUUUGAUUUGAUUAAUUAACGUUUGUGUGUAUGAGAAGAAGGUGCAAUAAAGAUAGUUUAUAGGAUAAUAAUAAUAGCAAGGAAAAAGAACAAAUAAGUUGCAUUGUUUGUUGUAACUUGAUGGUGGGAGAGAGUUAUCUUGUGAGUUGUGAUCUUAAUUAUAUAAAUGUUUGAUUUGAAUUA